AUGCUUUCCAGGAACUCUGCGCAGCGCCUUCUCAGGGCUGCCGCUCAGCCCAGCCAGCGCCUCAACAUUGCGCGCGGCUUCGCCAGUGUCCAGGACACCCCCGCCCAGUCCCUUCAGGCCGAUAUCUUCAAGCCCACCAAGUACGGUGGCAAGUACACCGUCACCCUCAUCCCUGGUGAUGGUAUCGGUGCCGAGGUCGCCGAGAGCGUCAAGACCAUCUUCAAGGCCGACAAUGUGCCAGUUACCUGGGAGCAGAUCGAGGUCUCCGGUCUCUCAGAUGCGACCCCAACCGGCCGCACCGAGGAGGCUUUCGCCGAUGCCGUUGCCUCCCUCAAGCGCAACAAGCUCGGUCUGAAGGGUAUCCUCCACACCCCUAUCAGCCGCUCCGGCCACCAGUCUUUCAACGUCGCCAUGCGCCAGGAGCUCGAUAUCUAUGCCUCCAUCUCCCUGAUCAAAAACAUCCCCGGCCUCAAGACCCGCCACGACGGCAUUGACCUCGCCAUCAUCCGUGAGAAUACCGAGGGCGAGUACAGCGGUCUCGAGCACCAGAGCGUGCCCGGUGUCGUCGAGUCCCUCAAGAUUAUCACCCGCGCCAAGUCUGAGCGCAUCGCCAAGUUCGCUUUCAGCUUCGCCCUUGCCAACCACCGCAAGAAGGUUACCUGCAUACACAAGGCCAACAUCAUGAAGCUUGCCGAUGGUCUCUUCCGCAACACAUUCCAAAGUCUCUCCAAGCAGUACCCCAUGCUUGAGUGCAACGACAUGAUUGUCGACAACGCCUCCAUGCAGUGCGUCAGCAAGCCCCAGCAGUUCGACGUUAUGGUCAUGCCCAACCUUUAUGGUGGUAUCCUGUCCAACAUUGCUGCCGCUCUCGUUGGUGGUCCUGGUGUCGUUCCCGGCUGCAACAUGGGUCGUGAUGUCGCCGUCUUCGAGCCCGGUUGCAGACACGUUGGUCUUGACAUCAAGGGCAAGGACCAGGCCAACCCUACCGCUCUUCUUCUCAGCGGUACCAUGCUUCUCCGCCACCUCGGCCUUGAUGACCAUGCCAACCGCAUCUCCAACGCCGUCUACAGCGUGAUUGCCGAGGGCAAGAUCCGCACCCCCGACAUGGGCGGUAAUGCCACCACCCACGAAUUCACCCGCGCCAUCCUCACCUCCAUGGAGAACUCGUUGUAA